AUGGACACGAAUACAGGAUUUAAUAAAAUUCCAAAUAGAUCAAAUAUAAGAAGACAUGUGGACUAUUUUGACCAAAUGGAAAAUAUCUCAGGAUCAAAUGUAAGAAGGCACAUGACUUGUUCUGACUUACACAGAAAAGGUAAUUAUUCAUACACAGAAACUACAAGAUCUUCAUUAACUUCAAGAGAAGAAGAUUUUGACAGGGAUUUAGGAAGCAAUAUGGUAAUUCUGAAUGUAUAUGAUUUAGAUGCAGUUAGUGGAAGUAUUAAUAGAUUCACCAGAGCAUUCGAACUGGGAGCCUUCCAUGCAGGAAUCGAAGUUUAUGGAGUAGAGUAUUGCUAUGGAGCAACUAAUGAUGGUAGUAGUGGUGUCACAGUAAAUCUCCCGAGAAGGCAUCCUAUACAUAUUUAUAGGGAAAGUGUUAAAAUGGGUAGAACUAACUUCUCCAGAGGAGAUAUUAAACGAAUUAUUAGUGAAAUGAAACCUUUAUGGCCCGGUUCAGAUUAUAAUAUAUUUAGAAGAAAUUGUUUAACCUUUGCUGAUGAGUUUUGCAUGGUUCUAAACGUUGGAAAAAUUCCAAAUUAUGUCAAACUCCUCCCAGAACUCCUAUGUCAAGCUGGUGAUGGACUUGACAAAGUUACCAGACAUCUUUCAACACUUUUUGACCGUAUGGCCUCUACUUGCUCAAAUCUUGCACUCAUUGAACAUGAUCAAGAGGAAAAAAAUAAUCAGUCUGUUACUGAUCAUACAGGGACAUCGUCUAACAAAUUUCCAUUUGGAAUAAGAAACCCAUUCACAUAA